GCUGCGGGCAGAGGGCGUGGACAGGCCGUGCCGGUAUUCGCACAAAGAAUUCGGCACAAAAUAUUUAAAUAAACACAUACACACACAUAGAGGGGGAGGAAAUAAAGCCAGGGCUAAGAUAGUCGAGGCAAAGUAACCUUUAAGCAGGAGGAGCAAGCAUGUGGAAAUCGGCCACAGGACACAAGGUGUCCACAGCCAAGGUGGAACAGGCAGGGGCGGAUGACUGGGAGACUGACCCUGACUUUGAGAAUGAUGUUACAGAAAAGGAACAGCGCUGGGGAGCUAAGACCGUGGAAGGAUCUGGACGUCAAGGACACAUCAGCUUGGACAAGCUCCGUGAGAAUGUGUCCAAGGAUCACCAGGCCAUCAAAGUGAGCGAGCUGAAGGCCGGACCCAAGGCGUCGCACGGCUAUGGUGGAAAGUUCGGUGUGGAGCGUGACCGCAUGGACAAGUCGGCCGUGGACCACACCUACGUGGCUGAAACCACGAAGCACACCUCCCAGACCGACGGCGCCAAGGGGUUCGGAGGCAAGUUCGGCGUCCAGACGGAUCGUAUCGACAAGUCCGCCGAGCGGUUUGAUUAUAAAGCAGCAGCGGCGGCGCACUCUUCGCAAAAAGACUGCGCCCAUGGUUUCGGUGGCAAGUUUGGUGUGCAGCGAGACCGCAUGGACACCGCGGCCCUGGGCUGGGACCACAAGGAGGCUGCGUCCACGCACGAGUCCCAGACCGACCAUGCCAAGGGAUUUGGAGGAAAGUUUGGAGUCCAGACCGACAGGGUGGAUACGUCAGCGGCCUCCUUCCAGGACAUGGAGGGACCAAAGACCAACUACCAGAAGACCAGGCCCGUGGAAGCAGCGAGCUCCGGUGCCCGGAACAUCCGUGCCAAGUUCGAGAACCUCGGCAAGGCCAAGGAGGAGGAGGAGCAGAAGCGAGCGCAGGAGGAACGGGAGAGACGCCGGGCCCGGGAUCGCGAGGAGAGGGAGCAAGCCACCCGGCAGCAGCAGGCUGCUAAAAAGGACGAAGAGCCGGCAGUUCCUGCGGAGGCGAGCGAGGCUGCGCGUUUCCGUGCGCCUCACGGCAUCGUGAACAAGAUGCGUGACAGCUACGAUCCGGAACCUCCUCAACAAACGGAAACCUUGUACGAGAUAGAACCCGGGUCGGAAUCCAGCGACCAGCCAGAUCCUGCUUACGAGACAGAAGCGGCUUACGAGCCAGAUCCUGCUUACGAGCCAGAUCCUACUUAUGAGAUAGAACCUGCUUACGAGCCAGAACCUGCUUAUGAGCCGGAACCUGCUUACGAGCUAGAUCCAGCUUACGAGAUUGUAUCUGAGUACAAGACAGAUCCUGCAUACGAGCCAGAUCCCGCUUACGAGCAGGAUCCUGCCUACAACACCGUGGGGGAGAUCCAGUUGCAGCAGCAGGAGGAAGGUGCGACAGCUGUUGCCAUCUACGACUACCAAGCAGCCGGCGACGAUGAGCUCUCCUUCGAACCGGACGACAUCAUCACCAACAUCGAGUGUCUGGAUGAGGGCUGGUGGCGUGGCGAGUGCAACGGUCAAGUCGGGAUCUUCCCAGCGAACUAUGUCGAGCUGCGGCAGUGAUUCCCAGGGGGCGAUGUCAUCUUCUUUUCCACUCGCCACACCUGAGCCAGCCUGGCACGGCUCAGAGCCCGAGCCAUCUAGAUGACGCGGUGACGCUAAACUAAAACUAAACGAAACUUUUUUUAUUUCACCAGGUAAGGCCCACUGAGCUAUGUAGCUCUUUUUUUUCAGAAGCAACCUGGCAACAAAUGAUAACCCAACAAAGUGGCUUAUCACGUGGACAUUUAUAGCAGCAAAAUACUCUAGAACGCAGUGUUUCUAAAUGUAGAGGGAAAAACCGGAGGAUCCGGUGAAAAAUCUACACGAGCUCGGGGAGAGAGACAUGCAAACUCCAAAUAUACAGCAGGCGUCAGGGUCGGAAUUGAACCCACGACCGCCUGUACACAGGGCGAGGCAGUAAACAUGUCGCCACCGUGGCACCGGUGUGCUGACUUCACGGUGUGUUGACUGACAUCACAUCUGGAUCUGGCUGCAAUCCAGAUCCAGAUGUGAUGUAUCUCGAUUUUGGUUACAGCUAGGCACGGUGAAUAGCCGAUGGAAAAUCACCUGUUCACUCCCCCCCCCCCCCCCACUGGAUCGGCUCUCAUGUGCCAGUGAAAAAGAGGUAAAAUUAUAGGCAAUAAAUCAUUGGUGGGAGGGGUGGUGGGGGAGGAAAUUAAAAUACUAUAUUUUAGUGGUAAAAGCAACAUACCAGUGUGUCUGAAGAGGAUGGUUUAUAAUCUAUGUACAUUAUUACCUGCCAUGAAAUGGGGUCAGAAACGUGGAAAUUCAUAAAGGUUUUGGGAACAGAGGCUGAAAAGUGUGCAGCGAAUAUCAGGAAGAGGUUUAUGUUCCUAUAAUGCUUUUGCAAACAUUGAUUUAUAGCGUUUUUAAGCCAGGUGUGCUCUGAUGGAUUUUCUGGAAAUUUGCUGGAAAUGUUAACUUGAUAAAGGUCUACUGUACAUAGUAUAGACUUAUUUUGCAAACAAAUUCUGGCUCUCACUUAUCCACCAUGAUGAUAACUGGAAGUCUUUUUUGUUUUUAAAUGUGUUAUGGCUCUUUCCAAAUUUUGCUUCUAUUUUUGUGAAAUAAAAAAAUGUAACCCCAAA